CAGUUCUCCUUGUGCUAGUAGCUUCACUGACAGAAGGCCAAAUGUUCGCGACGAGGAAUCUUUUGAGAACUUGUAGACGCUCUCUAUCGUCUCUCCUUCACUCCGAUUCCUCCAGGAAUCUGGUUGUGUCAUCGAAUCCGAUUACAAGCAAUGUGAUGCUUCAUCCUAGUAUCUCCAGUGAUGGCAAUUCCAAUUCAUUUCAGCCAUUGACGCAUCAAGUCUUUAAAGGAUGGUCACGAGCUAUGUCAACGGCUAGAGGAAGGAGCAUGAGGAGUAAAGUUGAGAGUAGAAUGCGUAAGGAGUCUGGUAAGACUUUAAGAGAGAUCAGGAGAGCUAAAAAGCUGAAGAAGAAACUCAUGACUGAUGAAGAAAGACUCAUCUACAACCUCAAAAGGGCGAAGAAGAAAGUUGCGCUUCUGUUACAAAAGCUCAAGAAGUACGAUCUCCCCGAGCUGCCAUCACCGGUUCAUGAUCCCGAGCUAUUCACGCCUGAGCAGAUCCAAGCGUUUAAGAAAAUCGGUUUCAAGAACAAAAACUAUGUUCCCGUUGGUGUCCGUGGAGUCUUUGGAGGAGUGGUUCAAAACAUGCAUAUGCACUGGAAGUUUCAUGAGACGGUGCAGGUUUGCUGCGAUAACUUUCCAAAGGAGAAGAUUAAAGAGAUGGCGACCAUGAUAGCGAGGCUGAGCGGUGGGGUUGUCAUAAACAUACAUAAUGUGAAGACUAUUAUUAUGUUCCGUGGUAGAAACUACCGGCAGCCCAAGAACUUGAUUCCUGUUAACACCCUCACAAAACGGAAGGCUUUAUUUAAAGCGAGAUUUGAACAAGCACUUGAAUCACAGAAGCUGAACAUCAAGAAAACGGAACAGCAGCUAAGGAGAAUGGGUGUUAACCCCGAAGAUCCGGUUGCCAUGGCUAGCAUCCAGAGAGUAGCCUCAACGUUCUUCAACGCAAUCGACAAAAAUGAAGGAAGCCCUUAUGUCUUCCAUGGAGAUAAAAAAUCAGAAAGAGGAGCUAGUGUUGUAAAUACAGAAGGAUCAGAACCGGGUGAUGAAGAAGAUAGUGACCAGGAGGAGUUGGAUAGAUUCAUAGCUGAGAUAGAAGAGGCGGCAGAUAAGGAGUGGGAGGAAGAGGAAGCUGCGGAGCAAGAGGAAACGGGUAGAAUAAGGUAUUGGAACAGAGAGGAGUUUGCAGGAAGAAGCAGAGACUCAAGUCAAGGCUUUAGAAGAAAUGAAAGGGAUACACGUAGCCAGAGGAGAUCCAACCAUAGUGAUGAGAAUGAUGACAGUGAUCAAUUGGAUAGUGGGGAUGAUGAUGAAAUCCCAAGGAGGUUUGACAGGCCGAGAUCAGAUACAAGAAGGCAGGGAAAUGAUUUUAUGAGAAGAAGCUCUGAUCCUCGUUCUCGAGUGAGGAGUGAUGAAGAUGUGCUGAGUGAUCUUGAUAACACGAUGUGGGACUCUGAAGAUGAGGAAGAUGCACCUGCUAAUUAUAUUUCAAGCAGCGAUGAGGAGGAAGAUGAAAACAGGGGAGUAUCGGCAUCUAAACAACCAAGAUUCAGUAAUUAUAAUAGUUCAAGAGAGGGUACUACUAUCAAUAAUUCGAAGACAAAGAGUGGAAAACAAAAGGAUGAGGAUUGUGAUAGUGAUUAGAAAUGAAGAACAUGAGAUCGCAUAGUU